UUCAAUCUUUCUUCCCUCUUCUCUAUCACGAGGCCGCAAGCAUGGCACCAUCACAUCAGUAAUUCAAGUCAAAUCACCACCUUCAUGUGAACUAAAUCACCACCACGACCACCUUUUACUCAUAAAUUGAAAUUGAGGUUCUACUCAUAAAUUGAGGAGAAGCUUCUACGACCACCUUUAAUCUCCUCCUCCAAAAUAGAACUAUGGGUAAUGAUCAUGUAGUUAUCGAAAAAGUCAAGUACUAUGUUUGCACUCUUGGAAUUUGGGAAAACAAAGGGAUGAGGUAUUUAGAACUGAACGGUGGUUCUCAGGUGAAGCCGGAUAAUGGUCCCUUUUUUCGGGUUUAUGCCUCUAAUGGCUCAGAAGCAGAAACUUUCUCUCUUGAUGGUCCCAUCAUUUGGGGAAGAGUCAAAGAAACUGGCUUGAGACUUCUUGGAUGGGAAGAAAAGGGGGAAUGGGGAGAACAGGGGGUCAUAAGGUUUUUCAAGAUCGGCAAAGAGAUGGCUUUCAUGAGAUACCGCUCUCUCCUUGGUGAUAUAAUCAAAGAGAAUAGAGAUGUCUUCACCAGAACAAUUCCAAGUUCCAUAUAUGAGUAUGCAUCUGAUAUAGAUAUGGGUCCCCACGAGGACUUUAACUCACCAAUAGUGGCCGAAUGUCGUUGGCUUAAACAUGAGCUUGAGAAGGUCAUGCAAAUAUUGGAGGGCGAAGCUUCUGGUUUCCGGAAGGCGUGGAAAGUCAGAUUGUUACUCAUUGAUGUGGCUGCUUGUAUUAAAGAUUGGGAGCUUCCGAACACUGAAAUAUUAAACACUCUUCAGACAAGAAGAUAUGAGAUUGAUAAGCCUAUUUUUGGCGAAGACGGUACAAGCAAAGCUUGGGAGCUUCUGAAGACUGAAAUGUUCAACGCUCUUCAGACAAAAAGAUAUGAGAUUGAUAAGCUUCUUAGUGACGAAGAAGGUACCAGUAAAGCUUGGGAGCUUCCGGAGACUGAAAUGCUCAACGCUCUUCAGACAAGAAGACUUGAGGUUGAUAAGCUUCUUAGUGACAAAGAAGGUACAAGCAACGAAGUUAAACAUUCUCUUGAGGCGGGUACCCUGAUCCAGGCUGUAAAACCAGUGAUUGAGGCCCUGAGGUGGAUAAUAGUUUAGAAGACACGUAGUUGAUAACAAGAAAGAAGAAACAAGAUAAGAACUUCACCUGAUCUGUGCUCUUCUUGUUUCUCCGAUUUACUGGAUUCUUCAGGUUUUCUUUCAAUAGAAGCCUCCUCUUAAGUUUAGGUCUUCUUGGUUGUGUUUUCGGUUCAUUCAGUUGAGGCCUUGGCCCUUGAGGACAAAGUUAUUUAGAAGACAAAGAGUUUAUUACACAGAAGGAUCCAUAUCUAACUAAUAUAAAGAAAAGAGGUGUUUUCAACCGUGGCACAGAAAGUUUCAAAAAUGCCCCUCCGUAUUUUCACUUUUUAGCGUGCUUUUAUGUAAUACUGGGAAUGUUUGAAUGAUAAAUUCGUAAACCGCUGACACUGGAGUUCAUCUUCUUCUAAAUUGGAGUUCUUCUAAAUUGGAGUUCAUCUUGUUGCUUAUAUCGAUAGAAACCAGCUGAUCAACAAGGGAAAAAUCGCGACGCCACAAAUUCAACAAACUACCCAAAAAAUUAGGUUGAAAUUCAAGUUGGACACGAAGUUUGGGGUACAAAUUGUGAAAGAUUUAGGAAGGUUUUAACCGUGAAAUCAAUUGAAGAUGGCGUGUGCUGUUGAAAUUGAUUCUGAUAGUAAAUGAAGAGGAUCAAGGGGUGAACAGGAGUUACGUGGAUUUAUGGAGUUGAGUUUAAGGGAUUACAUAGAUGACAAGUUAUGAAAUCAGUGAAGAAGAAGUUAUUUUCGUCGUUUUUUCGUGGAUGCUAGAUGACUGAUCGAUGGAGUUUAAGGGUUUAUUAGGAUUGUAUGAAAUUCGGAAUGCAGGGACAGGGAAGGUGAUGGAAAAAUGUUACAACAACAUUAACAACUAGCUUAUUCCUCCAUCACCUGUGGCACACACACAAUAUGUUCGUAAAAAGGUCUGAACGACUACUUCAGCUCGCUCCAGAAUCACAAGUUUUUUCUUCCUGACCAUGAUGUCAACAACGGCAUCUUGAAUACUAGCAUGCAGUCAAAAGAGAGGAAAAAACAAAGGCAAGGAAAUACGGUCUCUGUUGUUCUUUGAUGUUAUUUGGGUGGUUUGGGGUGAAAGAAGUAGAAGAGUAAUGGCUAAAAAAAAGUAGGAAGGAAGAUAACAUUAUAAAUGAGGUAAAAAGCUCUCUAUCUCUUUGGGGUACUGCUCAAAAUCUCUUUCAAACAGUAUUAUUUGGGGAGCUUAUUACGUACACAUUGGGAAAUUGUUCUGAAUAGUAGUUUAUAUAAUGGGUUGUGUUACGUAAAACAUCAUUGUGGGGUGGCCCACCAUAUGCCGGUUAAAGAAUAAUCUAGACUCAUUUACCGACCUACUUACAGAUAAGUAUCUACAAGUUUAUCUUGUAAAGGAUUAGCCAGACUAAUCUUAGUCCUUGGAGUUUAGUCAUAAUUUGAUGUAAACACUUGUCCCCAUACGUGGCUUUAAUUGUAUCAUUAGUUGGAUAUUUUGUUAGGCUAUAAAUAGCCGACCCCUUUAUGUAACUAACACAGAGAAAGAAAUGUAUACAAAGAAAGAAGAAAUGAAAAGGGAAACGAAAGUCCCAUUCCACCCA